AGACAGCUUCGAUACGUUUGAACGCUCAUUCAUAUUAGGAUUGUGUACUACAGAGAAACUAAGAAUAAAAUAGUGUAAGUGAAGUGAACAAUGAAAGUGCUAUCGAAUUGCAUAUUCGCGUGUUGUAUGCUGAUUUUACACGGAUGUGCUGUUAAUUCUACAAAUUAUCGUUUACCGCAUAACUUUGGUUUUCACACUCGAGGAUAUGCUACGGAACACAAUUUUCUUCAGGAUAGACGCAAUGGAUUGGCAAGCAGCAAUGAAGAAGGAAUACUGCAUGCAUCCACCAACUAUCAAUCGAGAGGUAGCGGUCUACAGUCUCAGUUUAGUACAGCGGCCAACGGUGGAUCACGAGGUGUGAUACAUAGCGAUAGAACAGAUACCGGAGCAUUUCAGGCUUUCAGGAGAAAUGAAGGAGACUCUCCGUAUCACGCAUCUUUGUAUCCUCGUGGUUAUGCCAAUGGGCAAUAUUGGUAUCCGAAUCAAGUAUAUGAUCAACAUUACCUGGCAGGUUCUGGUGGAAGGUUCGGUGGAAGGUUUGGAAAUGGUUUCGGUACUCAUUAUGGAAUUGGUCCAUAUGGUAGUAUUAAUCCUGCUUUGGGUGGGUUACCUACUGGUUUUCAAAAAAAUAUUUCAGAUGAGCGACAUGUGUCAAAAGUUGAUGGUGAUAUACGUGCUGUUGAUUCAACUGACGUUCAGAGUACGGCCGUUCAAGGAUCGGAAGGCGAAGUUAAUCCAAAAACGAGUGUUGGGGCUACUGGCUUCCAACGAGGUGUAUAUCAAACGCCGGGCAUUGGCAAUUCUCAUGGCUUCAGUACAUUUCCUUAUGCAGGUAGGAGGCCAGAUGACUAUUUAGUUUCUGGAGGUGGGAAUGGAUUUACAUCGAUCAGAAAUGGUCAUUCUGGUUCCAAUGGUUUUGUACCUUCAGGAGUAGCACCUUUUCAAACAUCUUCUGGUAAUCCUGUCAAUGGUUUCGCUGGAUCUCCAUACAACAUAAAUCCAAGUUCAUUAAACAAUAUAAGACCUCGAGGUGAUUUUCCUACUAAUAAAAACAGCGCUCCAGUACCUGGAGAGAAUCCUACUGACAGUAGUAACCAAGAGAAUAUCAAUGGUACAAAUGAGAAUUUAUCGCAUCCAAGUGAACCAAGACAAAAUGUUCCGAAUAGCGUUCCACACGAUGGUACCACUGUUACUACUGACAAUGCAACUUUGCAGCCCGGGGACACAGAGUUAGGAACAACAAGCAAGGAUUUGAAUAGAUCCAAUGAUUUACAACACGAAUCUGUACAUCCGAAUCCUAGCUCUUUAGCUGAAGCAAAUCCGGCCAGUGGUGGUUUUUUAAAUGAAAGGGGAAAUCAAUUAGGUUCAGUGCAGCCAAGAACAAGACUUUUAGACGGAACACCGAGUUCUGGUACCUUCAUUCCUAAUACUUUCCAACGUGAAUCGUUCGGUUCAAGAGGAUUUUUUGCGGGAGGUGUUUCACAUGGAACUGGAAUUAAAAACCCAGCAAGGCAAGGAUUACCCAACAACAAUUUGUACAGGUCGAAUUAUUUUGGAAGUAACCCUGAGUAUGCAUAUCCAAGCUCAAUCGGAGGAAGUACCUUUGGUGGAAGGAGGAAUCAAUUUAGUGGUAGACAAGCGGAUGCAGUUAAUGGUGCAUCGAAUUAUGAUUCUUCUAUAUCUAUUGAUGUGCAACGUGGCUCGACUGAUCUGAGCGGAAGUACUACAGGAGUGAAUGCACAUACAAAUCUAGAGGACCCGAAUAAGUUGGCAUUCAAUUUAGGGGCUAGGUCAGGAUUACAGGGUUCUGGUAGUGAUCUAGUAACUUAUGGGACAGAGAGUCGGAAUAAAAAUAAUGUCAAUAUUGAGCCCACAACAGCAAGCACGAAUGCUGAAAACAAAUCGUAAGAAAUAGGAAGUUGAACGGGUGUUUCAAAAAAAUAAAAGGAUGAUCUGGAAUUCUCGAUGAUCCAACCAACAAGAUUACAGUUUCUCUAAUUUAAUGCGGAACAAAAUAUAAAACUAUCAAUUUGAUUUUAUAUAUUUUUAAAGUUACAUGGACAUACAUAUGUAAAUAAUAAAGAUUCUUAAGUGGUAACGGUU